CACGCAGUAAACAAUCAGAAGCAAGUUAAAAAAAAAUCAAGUUUAUUCCUUAAAAAAACCAGCGCAAAAUGUCGUUCGACUCGAUUCCUAAAGAUCUGCGUGGACUGCGAGCUUGUCUGGUGUGUUCACUUGUAAAGACCUUCGAUCAAUUCGAGUUCGAUGGAUGCGAAAACUGCGAGGAGUUCCUCCGGAUGAAAAACAACAAGGACCAGGUGUACGAUUGCACCAGUAACAACUUUGAUGGAGUAAUCUCCGUGAUGAGCCCGGAAGAUAGCUGGGUCUGCAAGUGGCAGAGAAUCAAUCGCUUCACCAAGGGAAUUUACGCCAUUUCGGUAUCGGGACGUUUGCCAAAUGGAAUCAUUCGAGAUAUGAAGAACCGAGGCAUUCCAUACAGGCCAAGGGACACUAGCCAGCGGUAACCAAAUCAUUCUUCGGGUUUUUAAUCAUCUCUUAUUUAAUAUACUGAAAAACUUGCUAAGAUA